AUCAUGUAAAAAAUUCGGAGUGUCGUCUAAAUUUUUUUAACGAAAAAUCGUAAUACAGAGGAAAACAGUGGGGGGUAUUUCCGUCUUUUUACCUAUGUUUCAGUACAAUAUAAAAUCGAUCACCGCUUGUCACAAACUGAAAACAAGCGCCAGUUUCCAGAGCGCACCGACCGUCUUUCUUCUCCCCUGCAGUUGCUCUGCCUCAGUAGUCCCCUGCCUCACAGUUUCGCGCGCCCAUAUUCCCCUCUCUCUCACUCACGGGAUCUUCUUCCAUGGCGAACCUCGAGCCGGAGAAGCGGACCUUACUGAACCACCACAAGGAGAAGCACUUCACCGCCGGCGAGGUCAUCCGCGACAUCAUCAUCGGCGUCUCCGACGGCCUCACCGUGCCCUUCGCGCUCGCCGCCGGGUUGUCCGGCGCCAAUGCCCCUUCUUCCAUCGUCCUCACCGCCGGCCUCGCCGAGGUGGCCGCCGGCGCCAUCUCCAUGGGACUCGGAGGGUAUUUGGCGGCGAGGAGCGAGGCGGACCAUUACUCCAGGGAAUUGAGGAGAGAACAGGAAGAGAUCGUCGCCGUCCCAGAUACAGAGGCGGCGGAGGUGGCGGAGAUCCUGGCGGAAUACGGAAUUGAGCCACACGAGUACGCGCCGGUGGUGGCCGCUCUGCGUAAGAGGCCUCAAGCUUGGCUUGAUUUCAUGAUGAAGUUUGAGCUGGGACUGGAGAAGCCGGAUCCAAGAAGAGCGGUGCAGAGUGCGUUGACGAUCGCGAUAGCGUACAUUAUCGGGGGAUUGGUGCCUCUCGUUCCUUACAUGUUCAUCGCGAGGGCUCAGGACGCGGUGAUUGCGUCGGUCAUCGUGACGCUUAUAGCGUUGCUGCUGUUCGGGUUCGCAAAGGGUCAUUUCACUGGGAGCAGGCCUUUCAUCAGUGCCUUGCAAACUGCACUUAUAGGUGCCAUUGCUUCUGCCGCUGCGUUCGGCAUUGCUAGAGCUGUUCAAACUUGAUGGUGCAUGCCUGCUAGCCUCGGCUUUGCAGUUAUAACGUCGUGCGUAGCGGACUGGAAUCUUGGGUGACAGUGUGUGUUGUUUCUGGAUGAUAAUAUAGUUAUAGUCACGGUUUUCAAUUGUUGCUAAACACGAUCACACCAUUACUGAUGCACCGAAUUUCAUCAUAACAUAAGCA